GAUGUUCUGGCUGCUUUGGUUUCUAGUGCCAAGGAUGAAGAGAAGUUUAGUCUACUGAAAGGCUCUCCAUUCAAGGGUACACUGGAAAGUGUUUGCCCUGUCACAGGAGAAGCCUAUUUACUGAGAUGGAAAUUCUAAAUGGGAAAGUCACAGAUGCGAAAAUCAAGAAUCAACCCCUGAUGUUCCAUGGAGAAGUGGAACUCAGAAGAGGCGGUAUCAGUAAGAAGUGUCACCUCUACCUGUACAGAGAUUUCUUGGUUGUGACGAAUAGUCGGUAUAAGAUAACCUUUAAGAUAAAAUAUGUUAUCCCUCUGACAUCCCUCUGGAUUGGGGACUGUGUGGACACAGACUUUGUAGGCCCCAAUCAGGCCAGGAAAUCCAUUUUCCUAGGAUGGCCCAUGGAGAACUUCAUCGCCACUUUCCGGUCUGUGACCCAAAAAAGAGAUUGGUGGUGUUUCCUUGAAAGAUCUAUUAAACAGACAAAGGAGAAGUACCAUGGGAUGAGUACUGCACUGGAGAUAUUCACAGAUGACAUCCCGAGCUCGAACACUGUAUGUACCUCAGACUAAAAUGACGUUAUAAUAAUGAUAGAUGCAGAAAAGGAAGAUGAGGACAAGCAGAAGAAAUUAGUGGAAGAAUGGGGAGAAGUGCGAUGA